CCCCCGUGCGGCCGCGGGGCCUGUCGGGAGCGGCCAGCGGCUGAGUGUGGGCGGGAGGGUGUGCCGGAGAGCCGCGGUGUCCGCGCGUGACACCGGAAGGCGGUGUGUGGCACCGGGAGACCGCGUGCGCGUGCACUGCCCUGCGUUGGUGCGUGACUGCUGUGAGACAGUGUGUGACUGUGCGUGGCUGGCUGUGUGACAUUGUGGGACGGUGUGUGACUGUGUGUGACAAGGAGCGACCGAGUGGGACUGCACAUGUGAGCAAUGACAUGUAGGCUACUGUGUGUGAUACUGUGAGAUUGUGGGCGACCCUGUGUGGCAGCGGGAGGCUGUGAUUGGGUGUGAGAGAGACACUCUUUGGGGGACUGGCUGUGACACUGCGGGACCAUUCGCGGGAGUGAGAGAUCGUGUGUGACGUGCUCGCAUCUGAGAGAGGCAGUGUGUGUGACCGUGCGACACGGCGAGGAUGCCAGCGCUGUGUGUGUCGCAGGAGCGGAUUCUGCGUGAGAGAGGGCGAGACUGACGACCAGGACACACGGAGAGAGGGUGCGAGUGGCAUCGUGAGAGCCAUGUCCAACAACAUGGCCAAGAUCGCCGAGGCCCGCAAGACGGUGGAACAGCUGAAGCUGGAGGUGAACAUCGACCGCAUGAAGGUGUCGCAGGCAGCGGCGGAGCUCCUGGCUUUCUGCGAGAUGCACGCCAAAGACGACCCACUAGUGACGCCGGUACCCGCUGCCGAGAACCCCUUCCGCGACAAGCGCCUCUUUUGUGUGCUGCUCUGAGCCCUCCCGACAGCUUACCCUCCCCUGCCAAAGUAUGAAUCCAAUAAACUUGCUGACUGUG